CCAUUGUGCUGAGGCGGCAGGAGGAGGAGGCGGAGGAGAAGCCGCAAGAUGCCGUUCAGCUGCGUCUUUUCCAGCCAGAAGGUCUACAGCAAACUGAGCGAUGUCACCCUCAAGUACGAGAUUGGCCAGCUCAUCAAAUCAGAGGAAUACUGCGAGAUCUACCGGGCGAAGGACAAGUCGACGGGAAAGGUCUACGCCUGCAAGAAGUUCAUAAAGAAGGACGGACGCAGAGUUCGCAAGAUCGCCAACAACGAGAUCACAAUCCUCAAGAUGGUCAAGCACACCAACAUCCUGCAGAUGGUCGAGGCUUUUGAGACUCGCAAGGAGCACUACGUGUUUCUGGAACUGGCGACAGGCCGGGAGGUGUUCGACUGGAUCCUGGACCAGGGCUACUACUCGGAGAAGGACGCCAGCCUGGUCAUCAAGCAGGUGCUGGAGGCCGUGGCCUACCUGCACUCGCUGGGCAUCGUCCAUCGCAACCUCAAGCUCGAGAACAUCGUCUACUACAACCGCCUGAAGCACUCCAAGAUCGUCAUCAGCGACUUCCACCUGGCACGCGCGGAGGACGGCCUCAUCAAGGAGCCCUGCGGCACGCCCGAGUACCUGGCUCCGGAGAUGGUGGGGAGGCAGCGGUACGGGCGGCCUGUGGACCUGUGGGCGACCGGCGUCGUCAUUUACAUCCUACUCUCGGGGAACCCACCCUUCUACGAUGACCAGGACGAGGAAGACUACGAAAACCACGACAAGAACCUCUUUCGGAAGAUCCUAAGCGCCGAGUUCGAGUUCGACUCCCCGUACUGGGACGACAUCUCCGAUGCCGCCAAGGAGCUGGUGACGAGGCUCAUGGACGUGGACCAGAACACGCGCAUCACUGCGCAGGAGGCCAUCGCCCACCCGUGGGUGUCCGGAAAUGCGGCAUCGGACAAGAACAUCAAGGAUGGCGUCUGCGCUCAGAUCGAGAAGAACUUUGCGAAGACCAAGUGGAAGAAGGCGGUGCGCGUCACGGCCAUGAUGAAGCACCUGCGGACGACGCAGCACUCGGCGCCUCCGUCUCCCGCGGCGGCGAUGGGCGGCCCACCGGGCGCCACGGAGGCCGCCGCCACCGCCGCGUCCCCGCCGACGCCGACGAGGGGCCUGGCGGUGGCGGCGGCGUUGUCGUCGCGCCCCGGCGGGCAGCCGUCGCCGUACUCGGCCGGUCCGCGAGCUGCCGCGCCCGCCGAGGGUGAAGCUGAAGCGGCGGUUGCGGCUGUGCCGGAAAAUUCGAUCGUCAUUUGCGUUCACGCGAGCGAUGGCGACGGAGCGGACGAGGCAGGGAACGAGUUGCGGUCCGAGAUGUAG